CUUCAAUAUACCACGCUGUAAUUAAUCAAUCCACCCUACAGUAUAGAUUUGCGUUUCUCUUUUGCUCCUCUUCCUUGCAUAGUACCAAUAUCCUCUUGUACCUUCGCUAUUGCAUGGUCUUUCAGUUUCCUUGGCUUUGUCUUUGCUUUGAUUGAUAAUCCUCGACAGGCCCACUUGUCUGUUUUUAUGUGAAGGACAACAAGGCGACUAAUCAACUUCAUCACUCUUGAUCUAAAACACAUACUAGUACAUGCAUUUCUGAAAACUUGAUCGCAAAAUGCGCUCCGCAGCCAGGGUCUUCUACCUGGCAGUGUUCGCCUUUUUGAGGUUUACCAGUGCUGACGAUGAUGGAGACAAUCAGCGAUAUGACCACUCUGUUUGCGCAAUUGACCCCUCCGCCACCGUCUCCGAUGCCUGUGUUUCCUACGUCACCGUUGAUUCUCUCAACGAUCAGAUCUACAGCCUUCUCCAGUCGAUCACGCAAGAGACAGAUUUCUUUUCAUACUACCGCCUAAAUUUAUUCAACAAGCAAUGCCCGUUCUGGGACGAUGCCAACAGCAUGUGUGGCAAUAUCGCUUGUUCCGUCAAUACAAUAGAGUCGGAGGAGGAUAUCCCGUUGACGUGGCGCGCGGAGGAGCUUAGCAAAUUGGAAGGUCCCAAAGCAGGCCAUCCCGGCCGCAAACUUCAAAAAGAACGGCCCAGUGACAAACCGCUUCAAGGCGAACUCGGCGCAAAUGUCGGGGAAAGCUGUGUGGUCGAAUACGACGACGAGUGUGAUGAGCGCGAUUACUGUGUGCCGGAAGAUGAAGGGGCCAGUGGUAAAGGCGACUACGUCAGUUUGGUAGACAAUCCGGAACGAUUCACGGGCUAUGCGGGACCGGGAGCCCAUAUGGUCUGGGACGCCAUUUACCGGGAGAAUUGUUUUCUGAAGUCGCCUCCAGCGAUGGAACUGUCCCCGCAUCCAUCUCUAGGAGGCUUGCAGGCCGUCAACGACUUCCGAAACGUAAUGCAAAAGGAGAUGAAACGGUCCGAAGGAUUGCCGUUUGACAAUGAGUGCCUUGAGAAGCGGGUCUUUCAUCGCCUCAUUAGCGGCAUGCAUGCAUCCAUCUCGACCCAUCUCUGCUGGGAUUAUCUCAACAAGACCACAGGACAAUGGCACCCCAAUUUGCAAUGCUUCAAAGAGCGUCUGCAUGACCACCCAGAGCGCAUUUCUAACCUGUACUUCAACUAUGCGCUCGUCUCGCGGGCCGUGGCGAAGCUGCGGAAGCACCUUCAGAAUUACACCUUUUGCACAAGCGAUCCACUUCAGGACAGCGAAACCAAGGAGAAGGUGUCCCAGCUGACUGCGAUCCUCGCCGAUCGGCCGCAAAUCUUUGAUGAAAAUAUCAUGUUCCAGGACCCGAGCGCACCCGGCUUGAAGGAAGAGUUCCGCAACCGCUUCAGGAACGUGAGCAGAUUGAUGGACUGUGUUGGCUGUGAUAAGUGCCGACUGUGGGGCAAGCUCCAGGUGAAUGGAUAUGGAACGGCUCUGAAGGUGCUGUUCGACUACGACGAGACCAAGAAUGGCGAAAAUCCACCACUACGGCGAACUGAGCUGGUCGCGUUGAUCAACACUCUGGGCCGCAUUUCCCAUAGUUUGGCUGCUGUACGAAGCUUCCAUCGUGCCAUGGACCUUGGACAGGGCCAGACUUUCGCUAUCAUGGCGGGAACUCCCAUGUUGAAGGAACACCCUGGCGGUCGGAAAGCGAAGGUCCUCUACAAGGAUGGAGGGUCAACGUUCUAUUACGAAGACGACGAAGACGACUUCAAGUACGCGGCGGAGAGAUUGCCAUGGGAGAGAAGGCCGCAUAAGGAAUCGGAUACUGCGUGGGACAGUUUUACGGCCGAAUUCGAGGUGGUGUGGAACACAUUCGUCUACGUCCUGAAGAGUUGGUGGAAUAUGCCGAAGACUUUAUGGGAAAUCUUCGUCCUGGAAGCCAACAGGGCCUGGAGUUACUGGCUGGGUCUCCCUGUGCCGCCGCGGUCAUGGAGAAUUCGGCUUCCUCAACGACCCCAGAUGCGCAGUCGUGACGAGUUAUAAUCGAUUCCAGCGUACUAGACCAUCUAUUUCAUGACCAUCGGCGCCUGCCGAACUGUAUAGACAACGAGGGUUUGAUUUUGUUUCGCGGCGUCUAGAGUCGAUGUUGCAUCUUGGGAGUUCGGGAGCGCAUGUAUAAUAUGGGUAUAUCUACUCAAAUUGACGAACAGUCUUAAUUGCAUUGAAACGGUCAGC